CUAGCUAGUAGCAAACGCUCUUCAAAACCUCCGUCUCAUAAAACCUUAUCUAAUCAUCUCUCACUCUCGCACCAAGCAGGCAAGCUAACUCCUCGUCAGAAAUGGCUUCCGCAAACGCCAUCUCAACUGCCUCAAUCCUCUCCUCACCUUCCAAUCGAGGGGGUUUGAGGAGUGGUAGGAGGACUAGCCAGCUGCAGGGGAGGAGUUUCAACCCCAAGACGUCGAACUCGAAGAAUCGGUUUGUGGUGAGGGCUAAUGCCAAGGAAAUUGCUUUUGACCAGAAAUCCAGGACCGCUCUUCAGGCCGGCAUCGAUAAGCUCGCUGAUGCCGUCGGACUCACUCUUGGACCCAGGGGGAGGAAUGUUGUGUUGGACGAAUUUGGAACUCCAAAAGUUGUUAAUGAUGGAGUGACAAUUGCUAGAGCUAUAGAGCUUGCUGAUCCUAUGGAAAAUGCUGGUGCAGCCCUUAUUAGGGAGGUUGCAAGCAAAACCAAUGAUUCAGCUGGUGAUGGAACAACAACUGCAUCAGUUCUUGCACGUGAAAUGAUCAAACUUGGUCUCUUGAGUGUUACAUCUGGUGCAAACCCAGUGUCCAUAAAGAGGGGCAUUGACAAAACUAUACAGGGUUUGGUGGACGAGCUUGAAAAUAAAGCUAGACCGGUUAAAGGUCGAGAUGAUAUCAAAGCAAUUGCUUCAAUUUCAGCUGGAAAUGAUGAAGCCAUUGGUACCAUGAUUGCUGAUGCAAUUGACAAAGUUGGUCCUGAUGGUGUGUUAUCUAUUGAGUCAUCAUCUUCCUUUGAAACUACAGUCCAUGUAGAAGAGGGAAUGGAGAUUGAUAGAGGAUAUAUUUCCCCUCAAUUUGUCACCAAUCCUGAGAAAUUGAUUGUUGAGUUUGAAAAUGCCAGAGUUUUAAUUACAGAUCAAAAGAUUUCUGCAAUCAAAGACAUUAUUCCCUUGUUAGAAAAAACCACUCAAUUGCGAGCUCCACUUCUCAUUAUUGCUGAAGAUGUUACUGGGGAAGCCUUGGCUACUCUUGUUGUCAACAAGCUGAGAGGCAUUCUGAAUGUUGCUGCUAUUAAAGCACCUGGUUUUGGUGAAAGGAGAAAGGCACUUCUUCAAGAUAUUGCCAUUGUAACAGGAGCUGAGUAUCAGGCUACUGAUUUGGGACUGCUUGUGGAGAAUACACAGGUUGAGGCACUAGGUAUUGCCCGAAAAGUGACCAUUACAAAGGACUCAACAACCAUCAUUGCUGAUGCUGCUUCAAAGGAUGAGAUACAAUCAAGGAUUGCUCAGCUUAAAAAGGAAUUAAAUGAAACAGAUUCAAUAUAUGAUUCUGAGAAGCUUGCUGAGAGAAUUGCCAAAUUGUCCGGGGGUGUUGCUGUAAUUAAAGUCGGAGCAGCAACAGAAACUGAGCUUGAGGACCGCAAGCUCCGCAUUGAGGAUGCAAAGAAUGCAACUUUUGCUGCUAUUGAGGAGGGCAUUGUUCCUGGUGGUGGUGCUGCAUUAGUUCAUCUAUCAACUCAUGUUCCUGCAAUUAAGGAUAAGCUUGAAGAUGCAGAUGAGAAAUUAGGUGCUGACAUUGUGCAAAAGGCAUUAUUAGCACCUGCAUCUUUGAUAGCCCAAAAUGCUGGGGUUGAGGGUGAGGUAGUUGUGGAGAAGCUGAAGGACAGUGAAUGGGAGACUGGCUACAAUGCAAUGACCGAUACCUACGAGAAUCUCGUUGAAGCUGGAGUUAUUGAUCCAGCCAAGGUGACAAGAUGCGGUCUGCAGAACUCUGCAUCAGUAGCAGGAAUGGUGCUCACCACCCAAGCCAUUGUUGUGGAGAAGCCAAAACCUAAGGCACCUGCGCCCGCAGCUCCACAAGGCCUCACUGUGUGAGAUCAAUGAUCUCAGGAAUUUUUGGGCAGUUGGGUCUCUGAUUAUUAAACUGUGCUCUUUUUGCUAUGUGUUGACUUGUUGAUUUGAGAAUUUUUAGCCACAUCACAAAUGUUAGCUUUAGUAGAGAAGAUGAUGGUGUAUGUCAGUCAGAGUUAAACACUUAAACAUCCUCCGGUUCUUCAUAGUUUUGAGUUGUUGACUGUAGAAUUAGUAAUAAAGUCAAUUUAUUUCGUUUGUCAAAA